AUUUCACCCAGACCAGUCAUCUGCGCCGCGACGCUUUCUCGCUCUCAUUGAAUACGCAUUUGCAUUUCCCUCGUCGUCUCAAGCCGCUACCAACCUUCUCGUAUCACUCAGUCUUCUUGCUUAUCCUAUCCCAUCACGCGAUGCACGGCUAUAGCUCUUCAGAGGAGUCGGAUGACCCUCGUCGCCCGCGUCCUGUGCCAGCAUUGGCCAACGCCACCGACAAGAAGAAGACGAAAAAGAAGAAGACGCCUCCGCAGCCCUCUAUCAACCAUAUUUGGAAGAAGUUCCAAGACAAAAAGUUCAACAAGGCUUUGGCUGUGCUACCAUUCGACCCUGUUCUGCCGCCAGCAAGCUCAGAGAAGCCCAAUGAGUUGCUUAGCGCCGGAUACGAACGAGCUGUCGAGGAGUGCCGCCGGAAAGUGAAGAAGAUUAUCCAAGAAUGUCGCAGAGUCAACAUGCGAUAUCGGGACCCUGGUUGGGAUCUGGACUGGGAUUUGAAGUGGGAAAAGGGUCACUGUCUCAACACUCUUGGCCAUACCAAAUGGCAACUUUCUAGAACCACUCUCUCCAACCCAAGCGCAUCUGUCCCCAAGGCAGUAAAGCGAGUUCACGAGAUUUUCGAGAAGCCAACCUUCUUGAAGAACGUCAAUGGCGGAGAUGUGAAGCAGGGGAGCCUCGGGGACUGCUGGUUGAUGGCUACGCUGACUGCCCUUGCAAAUGUCGAGGGCGGUAUUCAGCGCAUCUGCGUUGAGUACGACACUCGCAUCGGCAUCUACGGCUUCGUCUUCUACCGAGAUGGCGAGUGGAUCUACUCCAUUAUCGAUGACAAGCUGUAUCUGAAGUCUCCUUGCUGGGAUUCGCCUAGUAUGCAGCGGGACCUCCUCCAGCAGAUCGACCGAGAGGACGUUGAGCGUGUCUACCGCAAGACCUACCAGACCGGAUCCAAGGCCCUCUUCUUUGCUCAGUGCAAGGAUCAGAACGAGACUUGGGUGCCGCUUAUUGAGAAGGCUUAUGCCAAGGCACACGGCGACUUCGCCUCGUUGGCUGGCGGCUGGAUCGGCGAGGGGCUGGAAGAUCUCUCGGGUGGUGUCACUACCGAGCUGCUUACAUCGGAUAUUCUCGACCUCGAGGGCUUCUGGGAAAACGAACUUGCCAAAGUCAAUGAGGAGUUCCUCUUCGGCUGCUCUACCGGCCUCCUAGAUGGAGGCUAUGGUGAGAGGAAUGGCAUCUCGGAAGGCCACGCAUACGUUAUCAUGGAAGCUAGGACGCUCAAGUCCGGAGAGCGUCUGAUCAAGCUCCGCAACCCUUGGGGCAAGAUCCGCAAGGGCGUGUGGGAGGGUGCUUGGUCCGAUGGCUCCAAGGAGUGGACCAUGGAAGUUCAAGAGGAGCUUGGUCACCACUUUGGCAAUGACUCUGUCUUCUGGAUCAACUACGACGACUUCUUACGCAAAUUUCAGCAUAUCGAUAGAACCAGGCUGUUCCGUGACCCCGCUUGGAGGUGCGCUCAACGUUGGAUCGGCGUCGAGGUGCCCUGGAAAUCCCAAUUCAACGAGAAGUUCCAGGUCAAGUUGUCCAAGGAUGGGCCGCUAGUCCUAGUUCUGACUCAACUCGACACGAGAUACUUCAAGGGACUUCAGGGACAGUACUCUUUCCGCAUUCACUUCAGGAUACAUGAGCGAGACCGCCCUGGUGCCGAGGACUAUAUCGUGCGCUCCCACGGCAACUAUCUCAUGGACCGAUCCGUCUCUAUCGAGUUACCCGACAUGCCAGCCGGAGAGUACAGCAUCUUCAUGAGUGUCACUGGUGAGAGGGACACUAACAUCUCCUCUGUCGAAGAUGUGGUCAAGCGUGAGUGCAAGAAGCGCGUUGAGAACGACAAGUUGGCGCAAAUUGGUGCCGCAUACGACUUGGCUCAUAGCAAAGGCACUGCGCAUCUCGAAGAGGUCGCUAGGCUGCGAAAGAUCAAGGAGCAGCAGAGAGCCUCCGAGUCUCGCCAGAAGGAGCGCCGCAAGCUCUGGGAAAGACGCCACACCAACCGCGAAGUCACCAAGCAGCAGACCAAGAAGAACAAUGAGAAGCGCGACCGCAAGCUCGCCAAGAAGGCGGAAGCAGCCAAGACGAAGGCUGACCUCGAGGCCGCUCAAAAAGCCGCUGCGGAAGCCAAGAAGGCCGAAGAAGCGAAAUUUCUGGAAGAUGCAGAGGCAAAGAAGAAAGAUACAGAGAAGCCCAAGGAUCAAGCCGUCCAGACGGAAGUCGCUAAGGAAGAGUCCAAAGACGUUGCUGCAGGUGGCUCCAAGUCAGAUGGCACAAACGAGUCCAAGGAGGAAUCCAAGGACGAAGGCAAGCUGGAGUCUAAGGAAGAGUCCAAGGAUGAAGUCAAGGAAGAGUCCAAGGAUGAUGUCCAGGAAGAGUUCAAGAAUGAAGUCAAGGAAGAGUCCAAGGAUGACGUCCAGGAAGAGUUCAAGGAUGAAGUCAAGGAAGAGUCCAAGGAAGAGUCCAAGGAAGAGUCCAAGGAUGAAGUCAAGGAGGAUGUCGCCGACGAAAAAGCUGCAGACAAGACUGCUCCCAAACCGCCAGCGCAGAAGUCUUACAACUCGGAUGGCGAUUCAUCCGACUCGCCCAUCGAAGAUUGGGAAGAGCUGUAUAGCGAGGAUGACAUGGUCAGAAAGCCGCGUCUGACUCCCGCUGGACCACCCAAAAGACGCGACGAGCGUUACGAAUCUGAGGAGGAGGGUCUGCCUGAUCCCUGGAACGCCAUUUGCAUUGUUGGGGUGCGCGUCUACUCCAUGGACGAGGAUCUCGAAGUCCGUGUCUGUAUGGAAGGUGGCGAGCUUCUCGAGGAUGGCAUGGGCAAGAAAGGGGAGGCCGAUAUCGACAAUGCCCAGGUGAACGCGGGUGGAGAGCGCGAAGAGCUGAAGCCUGACAGCCCAGAAGUCGCGAAGCCUGAUGUCGAUUCAUCCGCGAUUGAAGAGACAGAAGAAGCGGCUGAAGAGCCCAAAAGCGACGAGGAGGAGAAGAAUGAGGACUCAAAGUCGGAAAGGUCGGACAAGAAUAGUGUCGACUCAACUGACUACGACAAGCUUCACUUCGGAACUUCAACACCAGAUGUCGCCGCCGCCUCGGAAGCGACUCCAAUUGAGUUACACAAGGAGUUAUGCUAG